AUGACGAACGUCAAUUGGAGCCAGCUGGAGAAGAAAGUGGCGGAGAUUAAACGCAACACGGUGAGCGCGCGCUCACGAGCUGUGUACCAAAACUCCUACGGUCGAUUUGUUGCCUGGGUAGUCCUCCACAAACCCCAACUACUGACACCUGCCUUCGCUCAGCGUCUAGGUGACGUAUCGGAUCUCUCAAUCAAACAGCUCAGGAAGACUCAUCUAAACCUCGACGAGGCUAACCCACCUCUUCAGUUUGAUGUGCUACAGUCAGAUGUCUUUGAGGCUUGGCUAUUAACGCUGGAGAAGCGCGACGGUAGUACUCUUUGCUUCUCAGCGCUAAACACUCAUCGCGCCGGUCUAUUCAACCUCUAUCGUGACUAUGGAUGUGAAAUGUCUGCAGCUAUGGAGAAAGAUUUGCGCCAGUAUUUCAAGGGGAUCAAAUGGGAAAUGGCUACUGCAGCAGCGUGA